CCUGUCUGUCAGUUUGUUGAAGCACUUCACACACAAUGGACUUUCUACUGAGGAAGACAGCGAGGCUUUGCCUGUUGCUUGUGUUCACCCUCCUCCUCUCCGCUGUGUCUGCAGAUUGUAUCCAGGUUCUUCUGGGAGAGAGCGCUACGUUUCCAACAACUAGAAACUGCAGCAAAGAAAACGCUGAACUGAUUCACCGGCGCAGGGAUAACAGCAAUCGGACGGUGGCACGUUAUCAGGGCGGCAAGUGGAGCGCAGCGUCGGGCUACGAAGACAGGGUGGAUCAGGGCAAAACGGUGACCUUGAAUAACACGAACAUCAACGACAACGGGCUGUACGAGCUACCCUGCUUUGAGACAGCGACCGAGCUGGAUGUUUUACCUUUCCAUGUAGUGCAGGUUGUUGUGGGACAACCGGUCACGCUGCAGUGUCACUACGUCACAACAAAUAAGAAGGUGGAGUGUGCGUGGUGGGAGAAAGACGGGAAACUUGUGUUUGGGACUAAUUUCACCUCCGGUGAAAUCAAACUUGAUCCCAGCUUUAAGGGGAGAGUGUCUCUAGCAGAUAAACCCCUCGAUCUUGGAAACUUCUCGGCGACUGUCCAGCAGUUUCGGCAGGAGGAUGGAGGUGAUUACAUCUGCUAUGUCCAGGUUGAUCGAAAGAAAGAGACAGAGAGGAGGAUCCCUGCAGCUACGAGACUGACUGUGAACAAGCUCACAGCGGCGGGAUGUGCGGGCUACAAAGUCUCAACAGGCUUUUUGGUGGCGGUCCUACUACUGCUGUGUGUGGCCCUUUGCUUUAUUUGCUACCGCCGUGUGACCCCAGAUCGGAUUCUCUAAUUGAUCAGGAGGAGCUUCAAUGAUUCCUGUCUUAUCUCCUUCGGCAUCGGAAACACUGGAGCUUCCUUUACGAAAAGGAAAGUGGACGAGAUCCAAUAUGUAUGUUGAAAUGUAUAUUGUAUAAAAUAUACAUUUCUUUCAUGUUUUCUUAUGUUGUUUGUUCUAAAUAAAGCCACAACAUUAGUUUUGUGCUUGUGUGUUUUUUGUUAUUAGAAAACUAACUUGUUUUGUGUGUGUGUGAGAGAGAGAGAGCAUUUCCAGAUUAAAUCCUUGUGAUUUCAUUGUUAUUUUUAUAUUUUUAAAAACAAAUUUUAUGAAUUCUGAGUUUGUCAAAUUGCACUGCGAUUACAAAUGUGUUUUAAUUUCGUUUUUUUUUUUUUUGGUGAUGAGCACUGGCCUUUUAAUGUAGGUUAUUUACAAUGAUGACCAGAGUUAUUUAGAUUUUUAUUGGUUUUUAUUCUGGGCAGAUUUUCCCAUUGCCAUGGCAAUGGCAGCUCCUGACCUGUGCGCGUGCGUGCGUGCGCCUAGCAACCAGAUAACCAACUCUCCAAGCUCUGCUAGCUUUACAUUAGCCGCAUGUUAGGUCUUAAAUUACAUUUAGUUAGGUCUUAAAUAUGUAAGUCCAUUUACUGCUUCCUUCGUUGCUUUUCUUUUUGUUUUGUUAAAAGAGUGAAUGAAGUUGUGACGGUCUCCGCUGAGACAGAGGAGAGGAGAAGCUACUAGCCCUCUCUCGCUGUCACUUCUAGUCGCGUUGCUCUCCUCCCCAGUAAUGUUAAAUUAGCACAGAAAAAAACAUAAUAGUGGUAAUUUAAAUAGUGGUUCAUGGGAUUUAUGAACCCUCAGGGGUCCCUCUGUCCUUUUUUGGACAUUUUCUUCACUUUUCUUUUUUGAUUUGCUGAUCAUUUUGGCUGUUACAGCUGAAGGUAUGGAUUUCUGCAAGAAAGUGUCUUUUUGGACAUAUUUUUAAAAUCAUGUACUCAUCCCGGCAAUAGCCCCCGUGGCACUCAAAAUUUCCCUGGAAUUUUCUAGUAUAAUAUAUAAGGUUUUAGGAUUUUAUCUUUUAAGAUUUUGUCCUAAAGUAGCCUAUUGGUUCCAAAAUCAAAUGGAUUUUUUUUUUAUUUUUAAUUUUCUUUGGGAAUCGUACAGGACUUCUUGACAAAGGUGAAACAUGAACACACAGACAUCAUUAGAAAAUAAACCUCCAAAAAUCUGCUUACCAAGAUAUAAACAAACAUGGGCUAAAACCAAAACGGGACUCAAGUUGAACCUCACGUGCAGCUUAAUUUACUGUAUCCAUGGCAACGUAUACACAAGGGGACGCUCUUACCUGCACUAAAGUGAUAAAAAAAAAAAGAUGCACAAACACAAGGGGGCGCUCUUUGUCUGUAUUGUGUGAGUGAGCAGGAACAUGAAACAUAAAGUGCUGUCAAAAUAUGAAAGAAAAGUAAUUUUCUAAAAUUCACUAUUGACAUGAUUAAUUCAUUUUUAAGGUAAAUUAUUUAUUCUUUAUAAAAAUGACAUGUAGGCCUAUAAUCUGAGGUACCGCUGGGUUCUAAUAGAGACUGGGCCUUUCUCUCAGUUACUCAGAGACUAUUUGGACUAGACCAACCAAACUUUUAUAUAUUAAACUUACAUCUGUCUGCUAAUUACCCACAUUUAAAGAUGAUUAAAUAUGACAUAUCAUUCACAAUAAUUAUUUGAAUGGUAGAUGAUGCAACUGUCCCCAGGUUUAGGGUCACUUAUGGAUCAGGGACGAUUGCAGCAUAUUAAAAAUACAUUCAAUUUCACCAAUUAACUGUUUGCUUUUUGGUUCAAUUAGCACAAUGUCCUGAAAAUAUGCAUUGUUUGACAAUAAUAUUCUAGUAUCAUUUAUUUAUCAAAGAACAGUUGUGGGACCAUAGGCGGCGCCAGCAAUGGGCCCGGGCCCACCCAUUCAAGCCAAUCAGAAGAAUAUGUUUUGGGGAUUAAAAUGUUCAUCUAAUUGCCAGUUUUAGCUGAGCUCAUGUGAAGCUAACUUCUCAGUCAAUCAGCAGCUUUCUAUCAUACGUGAGUUCCCGCCCCCAGGCUGCGUCAUCAGCAUGUGACCCAAUGAAAUGAAUGAGUUAGUUUGUGCGCAAACAGUCAGAAAGAAAGAAAUGUGUAACGUUACAGGUAAAGAGAAAAAAGAGAGACGGAGUUUAAGAUGGCGAAACAGAGCAGCUUACUUGGUUUUUUUUUUAAACAAAAGACGCCGUGUUGAGCAGGAGGAAACUCCACUUGAUUUAAAUGCGAGUGGUAGUUUAAAGGCCAGUUCAGCCGUCCGGCCCCGCUCCCAAAGCAACGCUAAUCCUCCUCUUCCUCCUCCUCCUUCAUCCAUCCCCUCACAGUCAUGUCAGCUAGUGAAAAAGAAAGGCAAGUAAAGUUAACGGCAGUGUCUCUGUCUGCACGUUUUCUGGGGGGAACAGUAUUGGCAGCAGCAGACAAAGGGAACAUGAUGGCGUUAUGUGUUAUAGGAGGCAGGGUUCAGCAGCAGCCUAUAGCACGUCGCAAGUUUCCCGACCCAGAGACAUGUCCCAAACGCCAUUUCCAUCUCCCUCUCUCUCGAAAUGAAGUCUGCUGAGUUAUAGGUCUUUGUCCAGUUCAGCACUGAGCUGAGGGCAGCGACACAGGAGCCACUCAGGUGCAGAGUCACGGAUGCUGUUGCAGGUUGCAGGUUGCAGCGCGGUGCUUUGUUUUUCCUUUUUUUAUUGGCCCAUCCAUUUUUCUGUAGGCCCACCCAUUCACAAAAUCCUGGCGCCGCUACUGUGUGGGACAUUUUUUGAGAUGAAGGCUGUGUACCUAACAGAAUAACAGGCUACUUGUGUUUAAAGCCUCGUAAUUAGAAUACCUCAGAAAUAACUGGGGACGCUGCAGCUGCGCAAACAUUUCCAUCAGUUGGGGAUCAAACCUGGAACUCUUCAGCAAGUAAAAGGUCUAUUUAGCCACUCCUCAACCUGCACUUGAGUGGUUUUCAUGUUUGUCGCAGUAUGUCCACAACAUGUCGCUGUUUAUCAGCUGAUCAAACAUGCGGUCUGCACGCAUCAGCACCAGGACGUAGCUGAGGUGUGUGAGAGCAACGCCUCCUUUACCUCUGCCGUAUUAAACCGGGUCGCUCCCUCUCUGGCCGCACUCCCCCGGACGCACCAUGGCUCAGUCACACGUGUGCUCUGUCUUCCUCGUCCUUCUCCUUCCCGCCGUGCGCACAUCUGGAGAAUUCGUUCCUCUGGGAAACUCCGUGAAGUUACAGUCGGAUCAAAACUGCUCAGACGGGGAGUUGAAGCUGGAUCGCCGGCUGAAAGAUGACCAACCCAUGGAGGUGGCACGGCGCGUUCACGGCGUCUGGCUCCCGGCGGAAAGUUACAAGGGUCGGGUUGAAAACGACUCAUCGGCGGGUAUCCUCCUGAAACACGUCAACUUCAAUGAUAUGGGCUGGUAUGAGUUCACGUGCAACGGCAGCAGCAGCUUUCUCAUCUCGGUGAAGGUUGUUCAAAUCACUGAAGUUUCUAUGUCUGUGGGGGAAGCAGUGACUCUCCCGUGUCAUUCCUCCACUAAUGAUGAACCAGUGAAGUUUAUACGGUGGCAGAGAGGCGCAGAGCGGGUGUUAGAGAUGAACGUCUCCUCCGGGAGGACCACAUACGGGACUGGAUUAGAGGGACGGGUGUCUCUGUCGUCAGAGUGGCGGUCACACGGGAACCUGUCGCUGACGGUGAUGCGCACCGGCCCUGAGGAUGGACGCCUCUACUCCUGCUUCGUAGGAUAUGAGAGCGGGAACAGAGAGAUGGAAAAUCCCGCUGUUGUGAGAGUCAGUCCGCAGAAUAGCACUGAGGAAAAAGGCAAUCAAACACAAUGGGAGCUCGGCAGAAACACUGUCACACCUGUGUCCACUGUCACACCUGUGUCCACUGUCACAAAAGAAAAGCAGAGAGAGAGAGAAAGGGAGAGAGAGAGAGAGCAGACACCCACACACACUCAGACCUCUG